AUGAAGAGGACGAGCGGCGUGGCGGAGGAGGCACCGGCCACCUCGGGGCAAGACUCGCCAAAGCGGAAGAAGACGUCCGCCUCACCCUCCUCCAGGACUACCGCUACGACCCAAACCGCAUCCACAUGGUGGACAAGGGAGGAGCAGCGCUUAGCUGACCGAAGCCCUUUAUUUGUGGGAAAAGACGAAGACAGCCAGCCUCUCGAACACGAGCAGCAGCUGACCUUGCAAGGCCUCUUCCCCGAGCUUGUGGUGCAUCUGGCCUCCUUCCUCCCCUUCCGUGCACUCGUCGCCCUGUCACGCGUGUCCACGCGCAUGCGCUUGCUGCUCCUGGCCCACCACCCGAAGGCGCUGUGGGGGCCAUGGGCGGCCAAGCUCUGCCAGGGCCACACGUUGGACGCGGCUCCAGAGAGCGUUCGAGCGCUGCUGCUGCGCGACCCGCUGGCGAUGCUGCGUUCGCGCCUCUACCUCAACUCCACGGCCUACUGCGUGGUGUGGCUCGACGGGGAGCACUGGUGCGAGGUGAACGCGCCGUCCGCCCGCGGCCGCGUCUACCACCUUAAGUACGUCUUCUGGCUGGAGAUCCGAACGCUGGUCCGCUGGGUGCCGCGCGGCCGCUACCGUGCGGAGUGGCGCAUGCGCUUUGCGUCCGCCAGAGCGGUCGACUUCACGGCCGACUGGAGCGUUUUCGCGUUGGCGCCCGAGCACCGCGCGGCCGACGUGCAUAAGCUCGACGGCCUCUUCGGCGCGGACGGUAAGCUGGCCAGCUUCAAGCAGGACAAGGACCAGGCGAAGCAGCUGCUGGCGCCGUGGGUCGGCAAGGGCUGGGUGCUGGUCCGCACGCCGGCCUUCACCGUCGCCGACGACGACUCAACGGUGAUGUGCUACAUCAUCGGCGGCAACCCACACAGCUUCAGGGACCUUGAGCUCGACUACACCCGUCUGGUGCCCUGCUCGAGCCAGGAUGGGCCAGCUAUCGCUUCUGCUCCCGGCGACGAGCCGGUGAUUCUGCUGGAGUAG